AUGGGGGCAUACUCUGUAUUGUUCAUGAAAUCAAUCGGAGUCAAGAAUGUCUACGAAAUUUCGAUCCUCACUUCACUCGUUAUGACUGUUGGGUCCGGUUGCGCCUUCUACAUUGCUGACAGACUUGGUAGACGCUGGAUUUUGGUCUGUGCAGCGCUUGUCUUGGGUACAAGCAUGUUCGUCAUGUCAGGGGUAAAGAAUGCCGGCUUGGCAGGCAACAUGACUGCUGCGAAUGCAGCAUUGGCCUUCAUUUUUAUUAGGCAAUUUGCAAUGUCAAUUGGCUGGAGCAGCUGUGUAUGGAUAGUGACGGCGGAGGUUCCGACACUUCAGCUGCGGGAGAAAACGAUUACCAUUUCCACAUUUCUGGGAUUCUGUGUCUCAAUACUCGUCACUUUUGUGAGUCCUUUCAUUCAGGAUGCGAGAUAUGGCAACCUUGGAAGAAAAAUCGUGUCCCUCUAUGGAUCCUUUUCGUUCCUCGCGGCUAUCUGGACUUUUUUGUUUUGUCCUGAGACUGGAUUCCGCAGUCUCGUAGAGCUGGACGAGCUGUUUCAAAAUCAUGUAUCAGUAUGGCGAUUCCAAAAGUACGAAACAAGUGGAUUUGGUGCAGAGCUGGCUCAGGUUGAGCAAGUAUCGAAAUCUAAUUCAGAGGCCCCUGAAAAACUUAUGAGCGAAGAGUGA